GAUGCGGGAAGUUCACAUGUUUUCCUUAUUCACUGACUUCUCCACGUAAGACACUUUGCUUCUUCUUGCCAGCACAGCCAGCGGUGAAACGUGAAAAUCAGCUCGAAAGGAACUUUUGAUGAAAGUUUCCUGACAAUAUAUUGAAGGAAAUUUGAAGUUGCGAACUCUGGAAUGCUAUGAAUACAUUUGGCUUCUUUUCGAAGUGAACAAAGAAUUUUUCACCAGAUUUUGUCUUUUCGUCCACGGUAGGAGAGCAUUGGAGAGAGGGUACGAUGCAGGCGCGUUAUCCCGUGUCUAGUCCAAGCCCUCUAGGCUUGCCUUAUAUCACUGGGGAGCAGGGCUUUUAUCGAGCCGCGGCCGGAGGAGGAUAUACCGGUAUGCCUGCGCCUAUGAGCAUGUACUCUCAUGUAGCGCACGAGCAGUACCCCGGUGGGAUGGCCCGCGCCUAUGGCCCAUACGCUCCCACACAACAGCCCAAGGACAUGGUGAAGCCUCCAUAUAGCUACAUUGCGCUAAUUACCAUGGCUAUCCAGAACUCAGCCGAUAAAAAGAUCACACUGAGUGGGAUCUAUCAGUUCAUCAUGGAACGUUUCCCAUUUUACCGGGACAAUAAGCAAGGCUGGCAGAAUAGCAUCCGACAUAAUCUAUCACUUAAUGAGUGCUUUGUCAAAGUGCCACGAGAUGAUAAGAAGCCAGGCAAGGGCAGCUACUGGAGCCUAGACCCGGACUCAUAUAACAUGUUUGAAAACGGCAGUUUCUUGCGACGGAGGCGCCGCUUCAAGAAGAAGGAUGUGCAGAAGGAGAGAGAAGACCGGGAGCGACAGAGCAAGGAGACCCCGGGACAAGCAUGCGAGCAAGACCCCCAGCCGCCGGUGAAGCUCCGGGAUAUAAAGACGGAGAACGGGGCCUGCACGCCCCCGCAUGACAGCACUCCACCCCUAAGUACCGUGCCUAAAACGGAGAGUCCAGACAGGAGCGGCGGGAGUGCGUGUAGCGGAAGCCCGCAGACGCAGACGGCACAACAGGCCUUCGGUAUGGAUACAAUCAUGACAGGACUUCGUGGGUCCCCACAGCACGGUGCAGAGCUCCCGGCCUCCCGUGCUGCCCUUCCAGGCUCGGUGUCUCUGACCUACUCGCCAUCACCGCAACCCACGCAUUACAGUCCACCCUGCGGCCAGCCCGCCACUUAUCACUGCAAUAUGCAAGCAACGAGCCUGUACACUGGGGAUCGAGGCCACGGGGAUGACACUUUACCGGAAUACACAAACACAACAAGCGCCUCCUCUAUCUCACAUCCCCACCAGAGCUCGAGCCAGGAGAGCCAGCACUUGCAGCAGAACAGACUCGCGCCCUGGUACCUCAAUCAGUCCGGAGAGCUGGGACACCUGAGCGCGAGCUAUCCAGCUCAGCAGCAGAACUUCCACGCAGUGCGCGAGAUGUUCGAGACACAGCGGAUAGCUCUGAACAGUUCUCCGGUGACCGGAAGCAAUAGCUGUCAAAUGGCUUUCCCGUCCAGUCAGCCACUUUACCGGGCUUCCGGAGCCUUUGUAUACGACUGCAGCAAGUUCUGACCAAAAAAAUUUCAAUUUAUAUAUAUCUAUAUCUAUAUAUAUCUAUAUAUAUAUAUAUAUAUAUAUAUAUAUAUAUAUAUAUAUAUAUAUAUUUGUGUGUGUGUGUGUGUGUGUGUGUGUGUGUGUGUGUGUGUGUUUCUCAAUGUGUCUGUAAUUUAAGAAAGCGUUUAGGUCAGUGAACUCGGGCUAAUAUGCGAGAUUUUGUUUAUAGUAUAAUUCUGCUGUGGUCGUCUGACUACACAUAAACAUUCUUCCUGCUCGUUCAUGAAGUUGGUCUAAAGAUAGAUUUAAAGAAAAUGUGUUAAUUUAUUUCAUGUAAGAGCAUGUGGACCAACUUUUCAAGGAAAUGUCUUAAUUAUUUAUAAUCCAUGCAGUAUACAGAGUGUGCAACUGAGUUACAUUUUUUUUCUUAUAAUUUUUUUUUUUUUUUAAUAUUCAAAAUUACUAUUUUCUAAAUAAAUUGUCGUCUUGGAGUUAAAAUCUCGAGUGAUUUAUCGUUUGUGAUGGCUGCUGAAGUCAUCAUUUAUUUAAAUGACUGGCAGAUCUUAUUAUCCAUCCAUUUAACAGGCUAAUGGCCUAAAAAGCAUGAAACAAUGUGUUUAAACGUUCUUUUAAACGUAAUGAGCAAAUGUUUGCCAGUUUUCUUAUUUUACUCCUAAAAAUAACUUGCGCUUGGACGCAUAACUUAAUAAGGCACACUGCUGACACGAGGGGCGGGGGGGACCCAAGGGGCAAAGGUUUAAAAAACAUCUGGAAAUAAUUAUUUUUUCACUUACGCGUAAUAUUUUUUUCACUUAAAGGGAAAAAAAUUCCUUUACUUAUUCCUAACAUUAAAAAUUGCAAUUACUAAAAGCACACUAGCAGCAGCGCACCAAAAUAAUAAUAUUUUAUUUUUAUUAUUAUUACUACUACUAUUUUUCAAAAAUACAAUAACCAACCACCUUUUAUACAAAGCUGUAUUUACGUUAUAUAAAUAAUGUAUAAAGCUAUUUGAGCACUUUAUUGCAUAGACUUUAAACGUGGGGGGAGAGGGGACAAGGUCAGACAGAAUUUUUACCUAAUUUGCUUUACUUGAAUUUUUUUAAUUAUUCACUCAUCAGUCUGAUCUUGUAUAAACAACACGAAACGUUCUAAUGUGAUUUGUCUCUCAAAUAUUAUUUAAACUGAUUAAAAAGUUCUCGUAAUUAAGGGUAUAGAAAAGUUUCUAGUUUUGUUAUGAUAAACGUUUCACUGACAACUAGAAUGAUCUCGAGAGGAUAUACUUCUCCUUAACAGUCUUAUUAUUUUGUGUGAAGCUGUUGAGUUUUUGCUUCGUUCGUUUUACAACAUCAACUGUUGGCACACUGGAGUAUUUGCAAUCUUGUGGAAUGCAGACAACAAUUGAUUUUGAUAGAAGUUUUAACGUGUAAACACAUAAUAGAUUAAAAAGCAGACAAACAGAAGAUGAAAGAAUUGCUGUUGGCCAGACAUGUUAAGCCAGCAAUGUAAAAUAUGGUCUUGAUAAAUCCAAUGAUAAAGCCCUCAAACACCAGCAUUCUACUCAGUAGGCCUACGCGAGUCAGUGUAUACUGCCUUUUUAAAUAAAUGGUCAAAUUGUUUUAACUCUGUCCAAAAUGCUUACUGUUGUCAACUCAAAAUCCGAACACCUGAAGAUACCGGACACAUCUCAAUAAAUGAUUAGGCUACUACACAAAUUACUAUUAUUAUGUAGAGUAAUUCCAAUAAAAGUGACUAUUUGUUGUGUAGUUUUGUUAUG